CGUUUCAAGGUUCCUCACCACAGUUAUCUUUGGUCACAUCCCUGCUUUUCGCAGGGAUAGGCCAUUGGCCCUAAAACAAUCAAAUUACCAAAUUCGCUUUUAAGAGAAAACCAGAAGAAGAUUCAUCCUCUCUCUCUCUCUCUCUCUCUCUCUCUCUCUCUCUCUCCCUGCUCGAUCUUAUGGAAACGGAACCAAAAUCAAUCAUAAUUGCCGACAAGAAAAAUAAUGUCGUCCCCCCAAAGGAGGAAACCGCCACCCAAAAAAGGCGCAGAGGCAUGCAAUUUCUCAGGGUGGCGUUGUUCAUGAUACGUCGUCGUUCUGGCCAAUCGAAAUCCGUGGAUGUGGCUUCGAAGGGAAUGUGGAGGCGUCUGGUUGGGUCAAUGCGACCUCUGCACCUCCAAAGCAACGCAUCCCCGCCACCGUCCAUUAAAGACGAGCCGAAAACGACGUCGAUGAGCGAGCGAUACGACGACGUAAUGCUGCCACCCGAAUCUCCCGGAAGUUCGAUAAGCUCCAUGUCAUCGGAAGACGGCAUGAGCAGUCGCUACGCAUCGGCAGUGAACCUUCAAGAGCUUGAUAAAGACAGCGGCAGUCGCUACGGUUCCACUGUGAAUCUUAAAGACCUUGCUAAAGAUCAUUGCGCCGGUAUUUUGGCUCCUGGUGAUGAGAUUUUGGUUGUUGAUGACGAGUUGAUUGAUGCCAAGGCUGAAGAGUUUAUCGCUCAGUUCUACAAGCAGAUGAGGCUUCAGCGUUUGGAUUCCAUUGACCGUCGUUUCGAAGAGAUGAACAAGAGGUCAAUUGGAUAUUAAAACGCUUCGUUUUAUGGGGGGCAUGUUGUUGUUGGGCGUCAAAAUGAUUUAAAAAAAAAAAAAAAAAAAAAAAGUUUUCAUCCGAGCUGUGUUUGCUGUGUGCAAUUUGCAUUCAUGCAUGCAUGCGUGCUUGCACGUGUCAAAUUGUGAUCUUGUUUAUCUUUUUUCCUCUUGCUUCUUUCUACCAAUUUUUUGUUUUUUUCCUUUUCAUUUUAUUAAUUUCUGGUUAAAGGGAUUCAGGUCGAUUGCUUGGUCAAGGAUUUAGAGAACACCGAAGAAGAGGAUUAACAAGGUUUCAUUCGGAUGGUGUUAUUUGAGAAAUAAAUUAUUUUUUUUAAUUCAUUCUACUUUUUUUUUUCAAAAAAAAAAAAAAAAAAAUCAUAGCUUUUGUACAUUUUUAAAUUAGGAUUUUAUUGGUCUAAAUUUAUCAGGGAGAAAAAGAGGAUGUGGGAUGUCCUGUAUCCCCUGUAUUUCUUACUAUUAUUUUCCUCUGGUAAUAAUUCUCUUAUUUAUUUA